CGCCCUACUUAUCCCUCCGAUUGGUACUCCAAGCUCGCCGCUCUCUCUCACCGUCACAAUCUCGCCUGGGACGCCGGAACCGGAAACGGCCAAGCCGCCAUUGGCAUCGCGGAACACUAUGAUAGAGUAGUCGCGACGGACGUGAGCGAGACGAUGUUAAAUCUCGGGAAACCGCAUCCGAAAGUAACUUACCACCAUACGCCGUCGUCGAUGACGGAGGACGAGAUGGUGAAUCUGAUCGGGGGAGGAGAGAGCUCUGUUGAUCUGAUAACUGUAGCUACCGCCGUACACUGGUUCGAUCUUCCGAGAUUCUACGCCGUCGCGAAUCGUCUCCUACGUAAACCAGGAGGAAUCAUCGCCGUGUGGAGCUACAACAAU